ACAUUGACACGAAAGCAAUGACACCAAGUGACGACACCAAGACAAUGACACCAAAUCGACGAUACCAAGCGACGAUACCAAAACAACAACACAAAAUCAAUAACACCAAACGACAACACCAAAACAACGAUACCAAAGUGACGACACCAAGACAAUGA